CUCGUCAUUUUAUUGUCUAUGAUUAUUCGCUGGUUGAGUGGUUGAUUACUAAGCAAAUUCAAAGAAAGAAAUAAAUCAUCUGAAUAACAAAAAUGUCGGCUAGAUAUGAUAGAGCUAUUACUGUUUUUUCACCGGACGGCCAUUUAUUACAAGUAGAGUACGCACAAGAAGCCGUACGCAAGGGAUCUACUGCGGUCGGGGUCAGAGGUAAAGAUGUUGUUGUAUUAGGUGUGGAAAAAAAAUCAGUCGCAAAGCUUCAAGAAGAAAGGACCGUAAGAAAAAUUUGCUUGUUGGAUGAUCACGUUGUUAUGGCCUUUGCCGGCUUGACUGCAGACGCGCGUAUUCUCAUAAACCGCGCUCAAAUUGAGUGUCAAUCUCAUAAACUAACUGUAGAAGACCCUGUUACAUUAGAAUACAUAACUAGAUAUAUUGCAAGCCUCAAGCAAAAGUAUACCCAAAGUAAUGGAAGACGUCCAUUUGGGAUAUCUUGUCUCAUUGGAGGUUUUGACUAUGAUGGUCUUCCACACUUGUUCCAAACUGAACCUUCUGGCAUUUAUUAUGAAUGGAAAGCUAAUGCUACUGGUCGGUCUGCAAAAACUGUACGUGAAUUUUUGGAAAAAAAUUACACUGCAGAAGAGGUUGCUUCAGAGAAUGGUGCAGUUAAGCUUGCAAUUCGUGCACUGCUAGAAGUUGUUCAAUCUGGCCAGAAAAACUUAGAAAUAGCAGUAAUGAGGCGCAAUCAACCCAUGCAAAUGUUGGACUUGGACACCAUCAAUUCCUAUGUGUCUGUCAUUGAAAAGGAGAAGGAAGAAGAAGCUGAGAAGAAAAAGCAGAAAAAAUGAGAUACUUUUAUAUUACUUUAAUACAUGGCAGAAAAUACAA